AAGGGGGCGAUGCUUCCGCUGGCCCCACCGGGGCCUUAGCGGGCAAGGGCCUUGCCCGGGGCCCAGCCGCGCGGGGGCCCUGCUGGGUACCGAGUCUAGCACCAGCCUGCACCUGGCUGUGCGGGCAGCUGCUCCCUUCAAGCCGGCGGCUGCGGCUCUGGCGGCGGCCCCUUUAAGGGCCCGGCCGAGGGAAGGUCACCGCACGGCAGGCAGCGGCGGCGGGGCCCAGCCAUGCAGCGUCUCCGGGGCAGCCGGUGGCUGGUGGCCGGGGUCUCCUUGGCCGUGGGGGUGGGGCUGGGCGCGGCGCUGGGGGCCGGGAGGCGGCAGGGCGGCGGCCCGCCCGCGGCGGGUUUGCUGAGCCGGCUGCCCGUGGUGCCGGUGGUGGCGGCCCCCGACCUCUCCCCGCCGGGGCCCGGGGGCGCGGCCCGCGGCGAGCUGGCCAAGUACGGGCUGCCGGGGCUGCCGCAGGUGCGGAGCCGCGAGUCCUACGUGCUGUGCUACGACCCGCGGAGCCGCAGCGCCCUCUGGGUGCUGGAGCAGCUGCGCGGGGCGGCGCUGAGCGGCCCCUCCGACCGCGCCGCCUGCGACUUCCAGGAGGACGAGUCGGUGCACGAGUAUCACCGGGCCACCAACGCCGACUACCGGGGCAGCGGCUUCGACCGGGGCCACCUGGCGGCCGCCGCCAACCACCGGUGGAGCCAGAAGGCCAUGCAGGACACCUUCUAUCUCAGCAACGUGGCGCCCCAGGUUCCUCAUUUGAACCAGAAAGCCUGGAAUAACCUGGAGAAAUACUGCAGGAGUUUAACAAAGUACAACAAGAAUGUAUAUGUCUGCACUGGCCCACUCUUCCUACCCAGGAUGGAGGCAGAUGGGAAGAUGUACAUCAAGUACCAGGUGAUUGGCAAGAACAAUGUGGCGGUCCCCACGCAUUUCUUCAAAGUGCUCAUCCUAGAGAAGCUCAAUGGAGAGAUUGAGCUGCGUUCCUAUGUGAUGCCCAACAGCCCGGUGGAGGAGACAAUCCCACUUGAACGUUUCCUGGUUCCUAUUGAGAGCAUCGAGCGGGCAUCGGGGCUGCUGUUUGUUCCUAACAUCUUGAAAAGAACAAAUCGUUUACAAGCCAUCACUGCUGGACGCAACAGCUGAACUCACCCAGGGGAUUGAUGACAACACAGUAUGGGGGUGAAGGUAUCCAGUGGAAGGGACUUAAGUUACUACAGUUAUUUAUCAGGGGUAUGUAUGGGCUCAAAUUUAUUCUCUCCCUGCCUCCCUGGACUUUUUUUUUUUUUUUUUUUAAAUGAUCUAGGAGCUUUUCAUGGACCUGCAAUUAAUUAAUAGGGUUAUCUGUUUCCUGAGGAGGCAAAUACCAAAGCUGAUGUACCCUUGUAUGUUUGGUCCUAAAAAUGGCUCCUGGAACUUAAUAAAAAGGUAGUGCAAUAUUUAAAAGUGCUUUCCCCA